CCAAGGGCUUCCUGUUCCUCUCAGCCAGUUCCAGGCAUUAUGUGGCUGAAGCUCCUCUCGGUGGCUGUCUUGCUGCUGGCAAGCCCAGGGACCUUCUGUGCCCGGAGCGGCCGAAGUCGCAGGGAGCUGGCACCGGGCUUACAUUCCCGGGGCAUCCGGGACGCGGGCGGCUCCUACUGCCAGGCACGAGACCUCUGCUGCGCGGGCCGGGAGGACGACUGCACCUUGCCCUACUUGGGCACCCUGUGCUACUGCGACCUCUUCUGCAACCGGACCGUCUCCGACUGUUGCCCUGACUUCUGGGACUUCUGCCUGGGCGUCCCACCCCCUUUCCCUCUCAUCCAAGGGUGUAUGUAUCAGGGACGAGUAUACCCAACCUUUGGGACCUACCAAGACAAUUGUAACCGAUGCACCUGCAAAGAAGAUGGGCAAUGGGAGUGUGACCAGGAGCCCUGCCUGGUGAACCCCGACUUGAUCGAUGCCAUUAACCGGGGCAACUAUGGGUGGACAGCUGGGAACCACAGCGUUUUCUGGGGGAUGACUCUCGAUGAAGGGAUCCGGUACCGUCUGGGUACAGUCCGACCCACCUCCUCUGUCAUGAACAUGAAUGAGAUACAAAUGGUCAUGUCACCAGAUGAAACUCUUCCCUCAGCCUUCAGUGCCUCCAAUAAAUGGCCUGGCCUAAUCCAUGAGCCCCUGGACCAGGGCAACUGUGCAGGUUCCUGGGCAUUCUCCACAGCAGCCGUGGCCUCAGACCGGAUCUCCAUCCAUUCCAUGGGUCAUAUGAGCCCAGCCUUGUCCCCUCAGAACCUGCUGUCCUGCAACACCCACAAUCAGCACGGCUGCCAGGGUGGGCGGCUCGAUAGGGCCUGGUGGUUCCUGCGUCGCCGUGGGCUGGUGUCCAACAACUGCUACCCCUUCUCUGAGGGGAAUCACAACGGGGCAGCCCCUCCAGCCCCGUGCAUGAUGUACAGUCGCCACAUGGGCCGGGGCAAACGCCAGGCCACUGCCCAGUGCCCCAACAACGGGACCCACGCUAACCACAUCUACCAGGCCACACCUCCCUAUCGCCUCUCCUCCCAUGAGAAAGACAUCAUGAAGGAACUGAUGGAGAAUGGGCCUGUCCAAGCCCUCCUGGAAGUGCAUGAAGAUUUCUUCUUAUACAAGAGUGGGAUCUAUAAGCACACGCCGGCCAGUCUGGGGAAGCCUGAACGUUACCGCCAACAUGGGACUCACUCUGUCAAAAUCACGGGGUGGGGAGAGGAAAUUCAGCCCGAUGGACAGAAGCUGAAAUACUGGACGGCAGCCAACUCGUGGGGCCCAACCUGGGGAGAGAAUGGAUACUUCCGAAUUGUGCGAGGGGCCAAUGAGUGCGACAUCGAGAGCUUCGUGGUGGGUGUGUGGGGCAGGGUCGGCACGGAGGACAUGAGCCCCCAUCACUGAGCCCCGGCGCUGGCCCGCCCGGACCUGCUGGGCCUUCUUCUGGAUGAGGACUUGGGCAUCCUCCAAGCAAUGUCCACACCCCGUCACCUGCUGCCAGAUCUGGAACCACAGCCAGUGGUGCUAAGAAGUUUGCUUGGGUUGGGUUACAGAUCCCACAGACAGCAGAGCGCGAGAUCCCUGCCCCUUCCCCGGCCAGAGGGAGGGGGAGGUGAUCUGCUGAAACAGCAGUCCCCCGGAGGGCUCUCUACCCCCGGCCCCCCUCCCCAAAUCCCGUCUUUCAACCUCAACCAAGCGUGAGCUGCCCCUAAUCCCUGCCUGCUGAUGCUGCAGUCCCAGGAGAAUGGGAGUGUGGGGUAAGGAAGUCAGGGCGGAUAGGCCCCAGGACCCCCUCCCACUUCCCUUCCCAGGAAUGUAAAGAGGAGGCUUCAGACAUCUGAUUCCAGCCCCCCCCCAGCCUCCUCUCCCACACAGACCUAUCUCCCCUCUUGUUUGUUCCUUGGCCCUGGGGAGCCUGCUGAGUUUCGGUGCAUUCUGGGGUUCCCCUAAACAUGAUGGGCACGUGCUAGUCUUCACCCGGUGGGAGAGGAGCGGGGCGGAGGCCUGGGGUCCUCCCCACCCACUGCCUAGGCUGAUACCACUCUCCUUUUCUCUUUCCCGUAGUUUCAGCCUUUGAGAAUAUUUAUUUUGCUUAUUACUGACUGUAAAUAAACCCGAUUCACACACAGGCUGCCUCCCGUUGCCUCUCUGGAGGGCUUUUCAUGCCUGUUGCCCGCAGGCCCUCUGGCUGGAGUUCUCUGCGGGUUGUGGGAAAGGGGAAGGGUAGGAAGUGGGGGGACCCACAAAACCACCUUAUACAGGAUGGGUCAGACAGCAAUUCAGUUCCAUUCUGUAAAUAUUUAUUUAUUAAGCAGAGUAGGGAGUUCCAACCAUGAGGCAGGAGAAAGACUGUCUGCUCCUUGCAUGGCCCCAAGAAUCAAAGGAGCUCAGAAAUGGAAGGGCCUGGAUAGAGAUUUCCUGUACCUCCUCUCUAUCUCUCCCACUCUCUUGCUUUCUAUGAAUCUCUAUCUCUGUCUUUUUGUCUCUAUCUCUUUGACUCUCUCUCUCUGAAUCUCUCUGUCUCUGUCUCUGUCUCUGUCUCUGUCUCCCCCUUUCUCUCUCUCUCUGUUUCUCUCUCUGAAUUUCUCUCUGCCUCUCUAUAUUUCUGUCUCCCUUCUUCUUUGUUUUACUCUCUGUGAAUUUCUAUCUCUGUCUCUAUAUUUCUCUGGCUCCCUGUCCAUCUCUGCCUCUAUGUCUCUGAAUCUCUGCUUCCAUCUCUCUCUUCACGGACUCCCCUGGCUUCAGUUUUUUAUCUCUACCCCUAUGGUUUCCAGAUCUAUAAUUCCGGCCCUAAGCUCUCUUGAACUCCAGCUGCUCACUUAGACAUUUCAAUCUAGCUGUUCCACAGGCAUCUAAGCUCAUGUCCAAAACAGAAGUUAUUCUGGUAGCAUCGAAAUCCAAUGGGAUCUAAAGGUCUAAAUUCAAAACCUGCCUCUGAUUUCUACUCACAUUACUGUUUAUCCACAAGGAAGUCCUUUAACCUCCCAGGGCCUUCGUUUCCUCAUCUGUAAAAUGAAGUUGUUAGUCCCUCAGCUAUAGCUCUAUGAAGCUAUGAUCUAUCCCCUAAACCCACUCCUCUUCCAAACCUCCCUCUUCCUCUUAGUGAACCACUCUCCUUCCAGUCACAACCCAGGUCACAACCCAUUUUCUCCCUAUCCCCAUCCAAACAGUUGCCAAAUCUUGUGCGUUCUGCUUCAAACAUCUCUUCCCUGUGUCUCCUCUUCUCUGCACUCAUCUCCUUAGUUCAGACUUUCAUCUUCUUUACCUGGACUACUGCUAUAGCCUCUAAUUGGUUUCAGGUUUCUCCCUGCUUUAGCCCAUCUUCCAAUCAGCUGCCAGUGGUUGUUCCUAAAGUGCGCGUCUGACCACAGCAAUUCCCCUGCCCAAGAAACUUUACUGUUGUUGAGUCAUUUCUGUGGUAGCCAGCUCUUCAUGACCCCAGCUGGGGUUUUCUUGGCACAGAUACUGGAGUAGAUUGCCCUUUCCUUCUGCAGCCCAUUUUGUAACUGAGAAAACUGAGGCAAACUUGGUUAAAGGACUUCCCAAAGCCAUACAGCUGGUAGAGUCUGUGGUCCCACUAAGACUCAGAAGAUGAAUCUUUCUGACUCCCUACCUGGUGCCCUGUGUGCCAUGGCGCAACCUAGCCGCCCAUCCUUAUCUCUAGGAUCAAAUAAAAAUUCCUUUGACAUUUAAGUCCCUUAAUAACCUCAUCCCAACCUGCCUUCCCAGGCUUAUUAAGUUUUAUUCUCUCUCCCUCCCUCCCUCCUUCCCUCUCUCUGUCUCUGUCUCUGUCUUUCUAUUUCUGUCUCUGUCUGUAUGUCUCUCUCUUCUUUUCCCUCUCCUCUCCCUCCCUCCCUUUCUGUCUCUCUGAAGCACUUUUUCUCUCUCUCUCUCUGUAUCUCUGAAUCUGUCUCUGUCCUCCCUCCCCCCCACAGAGGUACAUACACCCCUCCCACAACACACUAUACUCCAAUUGAAUGGGUGGGCUUGUUUCUCUCACAUAAUAUAUUCCAUCUCUUGCCCCCAUGCUUAUACACAGAUUGUCCCCCCAACCUGGGCUGCGUGCCCUCUCACAUCCGUCUUUCCUAGAAUUCUAAAUUCUUUUUAGAAUAGCAGUAUUAAACUCAAAUAAAAAUGGGGGCCACUAAACCAUAGAGAAUAAUCUCUCUGGGUCACAUAACAACUUAGACAACCACAUAUAAGUAUUAUCUAUGUUUUAUUGUAUUUUUAUUUAUUUUUUAAAUUUCCCAAUGCCAUUUUAAUCUGGUGCAGGCUGUAGUUCAAAUUCACUUCUUACAGGAGGCCUUGGAGCUAUUAGUCCCUCCUUCCAACUGCAUUUACUUGGUGUGUAUCUUGUAUUUCUUCCUCCCAUAGAAUGUUAGCUCUUUGAGGGCAGGGACUGUCUCAUUCUUUGUGGUUGUAUUCCCAGCACCUAACACAGUACAUAGUAAGUGCUUAAUAAAUGCGUGUUUAAUUGUUUUGUCCUA